CAAACAUCGUCAUUUAUAACCACCCGCACUAGCUUUUCUCCCCACCAACGGGCAGUUUUUCUCUCCCAGCCAUGAAGCUCCUCACCCUCGUAUUAGCGUCCCUCGCUACUACUUCCGCAUGGUCCCCUACCGACUCGUACGCGCCUGGCAAGGUGGACUGUCCCUCAGGCACCCUCACCCGUAAGGCAGACAGCAUCUCGCCCAACGAGGCCGACUGGAUCAAGAACCGGCACCAGGUGUCCGACGCCAGCUUGGAGGCCUUCCUCAACCACUGCAACAUGACCGACUUCGAUGUGGCCGAUUUCCUCCACAACAAGGCCAACAAGUCGUUGACCAUCGGCCUCGCAUUUUCUGGUGGUGGCUACCGUGCCAUGUUGGCAGGAGCAGGUCAGUUGGCUGCGUUGGACAACAGAACCAGAGGUGCCUACGAGUCCGGCUUGGGUGGCUUGUUGCAAGCGUCCACCUACUUGGUUGGCCUUUCGGGAGGCAACUGGUUGGUGGGCACCAUUGCCCUCAACAACUUCACAUCGGUGCAGCAGAUCCUCGAUGACGGCAAGAUCUGGGACUUGGACCACUCCAUUGUGAACUACGGUGGUAUCAACAUCAUCAAGACAUUCGAGUACUACAACGGCAUCAGAAAAGAUAUCGACGCCAAGCGUGACGCAGGCUUCGAAGUGUCAUUAACCGACAUCUGGGGCAGAGCAUUGUCGCACCAGUUCUUCUCCACCACUUCAGACUCGGGUGCAGCACUCACCUGGUCCACCGUACAAGACGCAGACUCCUUCACCUCCCACCAGAUGCCGUUCCCCAUCGUGGUGCUGAACGGAAGAGCGCCAAACACUUUCAUCCUCAACGGCAACUCCACCGUUUUUGAGACCAAUGCGUUCGAAUUGGGCUCCUGGGACCCUUCGGUCUAUGAAUUUUCCCAGGUCAAGUACUUGGGUUCGGGCGUCAGUGACGGGAGAACCAACGGAACUUGCGUGCAAGGGUUUGAUAAUGCAGGCUACAUCAUGGGAACUUCCUCUUCUCUCUUCAACCAAUUUUUGUUGCAAAUCAACACCACCGGAUUAUCCUCCAGAAUCACCAGCGUGAUUUCCGGUUUGCUCAGUGACAUCUCGAAGGACGAGAACGACAUUGCUGUGUACAAGCCAAACCCAUUCUAUCACUCCAGUGCGGGUGAUGUUCCCACCAUUGCCCAAAACGAGUCGUUAUUCUUGGUGGAUGGAGGUGAAGACGGCCAAAACGUCCCAUUAUCGCCUUUAAUUCAACCGGAAAGACAGGUCGAUGUCAUCUUCGCAUUUGAUAACUCUGCAGACACCGAUGCUAAUUGGCCCAAUGGUACCUCUUUGGUCAUGACAUACGACAGACAAACCUUGAAGCAAGACAAUGGUACUAUUUUCCCCCAUGUUCCGGAUGCAGCCACGUUUAGAAACUUAAAUUUGACUUCCAGACCAGCAUUUUUCGGAUGUGAUGCUAAGAACUUGAGUAGCUUGGUAAGUAUCACAAGUAACGGAACCGGCAAGAGUGAUAUCUACGACUCUCCAUUGGUGGUUUAUAUUGCCAACAGACCAUUCAGUUACUUCUCCAACACCUCCACUUUCAAGAUGAAGUACGAUGAAAAAGAAAAGAGAGGAAUGAUUGAAAAUGGUUUCGAAGUUGCCAGUAGGUUGAACCACACUUUGGACUCGGAGUGGUCCGCUUGUGUGGGUUGUGCCAUCAUCAGAAGAGAACAAGAAAGAUUAGGAAUCGAGCAGUCGGACCAAUGCAAGCAAUGUUUCCAAAGAUACUGUUGGGAUGGUAAGUUCGAUUCUAGUCAAGAUGCUGGUCUUAACUUCACUGAAACUGGUCUUACUAACGGUCCAGAAAGUACCGGAAACAAGACAAGUAUGGCCUCUUCAUUGAUUGGCCAAUCUAAGGACCUCUAUAUGAUGCUUGGUUACGCCUUCUUGGUUACCAUGGUCUUUGGAGGCUUUUCUAUUUAA